CCAGACCUUUUCCACCUGGAGUCCCUUACAGGACCCUCGUGUAUUAACCAGUCCAGUCAUUCUCUAGUACUUCCGAUCCCCCUUUCAUCGCGCAUCCCGCGCAACCCCGCUUAACCACCGUAACCACCAAGCUAAAUUGACGUCAGCUUUGCGAUCCGCGCGGUCUCUCAUUUCUUUUCUUUCCUUUCUGCAUGCAACACGGCCACCAAGCAGACACAACCGGACAGCUUUCUUUCUGCAUGAGAUCGGGUCCGUGAAAACAAUCCUCGUCUACACUGUACACACCUCCUCAUCCAACUCAAGCUUGCGCCAUCAUAACGCUCAACCUCACCCCCUCCCGGUAGUACCGUACCACCCACCGGCCAACUACCGAGCCAUGGCCUCCUCCAUCUCACCCUCCCCGACCAUCCUGCUCCCCCAUCUACCCCCGAAAACCCUCGUCGGCAUCGACCUGAUCACAUUCACAUCGACGCCCAACUUCCACGGCAUCCGCGACCUCCCACGCGGCUGGCACUUCCUCUAUACCGGCACGACGGAGAGCCUCUCCCUCCGGUGCGGAGGGUGGUUCUACAUCGGCGACAUCGACGCUUUCUCCCACCACCAUUACCACCACCACCAACAGCACAAGAACGACGCGACGGCACUCGUGCCCUCCUCCUCAUCACUCCAACAGUCAAACUCCGUCUCCGAUAUAAUUAUCUGGAAAUGGAACACCGACACCGAAACCCUAUCCCCGCUCCGCUCCGCCAACGACGCCGAUAAACAAGAAGCAAUGCGCCACAAAGCGAACCUAGCAGCCAUCUAUCAACGAGGCGGGCUCUUCUCGUACCGCAGCCGGGUAUCCUCCUUUACUCCGACUCCGACUCCGGGGUCGGGGGCAGGGGCAGGGGCAGGGGCAGAGUCAGGAUCAGGAGGCCAAGCAGCUCGAUUUCGGCUCGACGAGGAGGACGAGGAAGAAGGACGACAGAAUUGGCAAGCGCUGACGAGUCGGCUCACGCCGCGGCUUUUGGAUCGCGUGGUGGGCGAGCCGCUCGUCGAUGUGGAUGGGAGGGCGCGCUGGAUGGUCACGUCGGCGAGCACGGCGCCGAGGGACAGCGAUGUGAUACCGGGGCUGAUGGAUUCGGCGCAGGCGGCGUCGGAGCUGGAGAGGGUGACGGGGGAGAAGGAGAGUGGGUUUGGGUUUUUGAUGGUGGAGUUGAAGAGGACGUGGAGGGAGGGGGCAGUCGGGAGGGAGAGGACGGAGGCGGCGCAGGAUCGGUCGUGGGCGUUGGGGGAUUUGGUGGGGAGGUUUGCGGAGGGCGAUGGGGAGGCGCAGGUGCUUGGGGAGCUGCAGUUUACGUUUCUGAUGGUCUUGACGUUGAUGAAUUACUCGUGUUUGCAGCAGUGGAAGAGGCUGUUGGAGUUGGUCUUGACGUGUCGGAGGGCGAUACGGGAGCGUGAGUCGUUCAUGAGCGAUGUGUUGAGGUUGUUGUUGUUGCAGCUUCAGCGAUGUGAUGAUGUGGAAGGCGGGCUGUUUGAUCUCGAUGGCGAGGAGGGGGGUGAGUUUCUACGACGGCUACUUAUGAGGUUCAGACGGUCACUUUACGAGGUUGUGGAUGGGGCUGAGUCUGUGGUGAAGACCGAGUUUGAGAACCUGGAGGCUUGGGUCAAGGAUGAAUACGACUGGGAGCUGAAUCGCGAUGUGUUUGCCCGGCGGGGGAUGGUUCAGUUGGAGGAUGGCGAGGAGGUGGAGUUGGAUAUGCACGAUAAUGAUGAAGAUGAUGAGUUGGGCGAGUAUGCCCCCAUGGUGGUCGAGCUUGAGGGAGACUCAACGCAGGAUGGUGUGGAUGUGGAUGUGGAUGAGGAUGAGGAUGAGGAUUGACCAUGAGUGAAUGAAUUACUACCUCUGGAUGUAUGUAUGUAUGUAUAUAUACCUACCCUCAACAUUGUCUAUGUGCGAUUCCAAAUCAGUUACUACGGCCAAGUGCACGAGAUUACGAGCAAAUACAUGAAUUGAAGAAAA